AUGGAAAUUUGCCGUGCUUGCAUGAGCGACUCAGUAACCCUGGUGGACAUAUUUUGCGAUCGGCCAUUACCCGAUUAUGAAUUCAGCCUGGCGGAGAUGCUAAACGAGAUCGUGGACUUUAAGGUGAAGCGCGAUGAUAAGUUGCCGCAGAAGAUAUGCGUAUCUUGUGGCCUGAAUGCCCAAAUCGCGUUUAGAUUCAGGCGCAGAUUCGAGCAAAGCCAUCGACUGCUCUGCAUGAAGGCUAUGGAAGACGAGCACAUUUUCGUCCAUGUGCUGGAAGCAGAUUCGAGCGCCAGCCAGGUGAAGCAGAAGCCGCAGUACUCAAUGCCGGCGAUCAACGAGAAAUCCAACUCUAAGCUGGGAAAUGCUUGUAAAUUACGCAAUGGAAGACUUCUCAGCAGCGAGGAGCUCAUCACCAUCAGUAGCAGAAGUGCAUCGCGUGAAAAAGACAGCAAUGUCAUAGUAGCUAUGCUGGACAUAGACUCUUUCAACGGAAUGGAUCAGGCGGAACGCUCAUCCCCUAUAGUGGAUAAUGUUGUCGCUUGUAAACCUCAUCGCUAUCCGCUGCGCCAUAAGAUCUCCAACCAGAACGCGCCCAACUCUGUUGGGAAGCCUCCCGUGCCCCAUCCCAUGCGCAGCACGUUGCGUUCGUUCAAGUGUGAUACGUGCAAUCUAUCGUUCGCCUCAAAAGAAAAUCUAAGUAAACACAAGCUGCAGCAUGCAGGCAAACGUCACUUUAAGUGUCUACAUUGCAUGAAGGCCUAUCGCAAGAAAUCAAAACUUCUGAGACAUAUACAGACGCACAUUAAGGAUCAUCCGAACAUGUGUCCACAGUGCUCGAAGCUCUUAAGAUGCAAAUCGGAUCUACAGAAGCAUCUCUACUCCCACAGCGAGGAGCGUCCGUUUAUCUGUCCCCAUUGCCAGUUGGCUUUCAAGAAUCAAUGGAAUCAUAAAAGACAUGUGCUCAAUCAUUCUAAAAAGGAAAUAUGCUUGAGCAAAUGA